GACGUCAAAACGACCAACGCGCUCCUUUAAAGCUGGUCUAAAAACAGGCGUCUGUAACCUAAUGUGUCACUUUUAUUUUGUCGGUUUCACUUUAGAAAUGGUCAUGGGAUGGAAUGCGGACGGCUUUAGAGACAGAGAAGGAUAUAAGCCAAACUUAUUUUAUGACUUUUAAUGAGGAAAGUUACGGCGCUGACGAACAGCAGCCGCCGUUAAUCAUGACUGUCGGCCCUCGGCGGAAUCGCGGAUUUACAGUGAACACUUCUAUAAAGCCCUGCUCUGCUGUGACAUGAAGUGUGCGGUUCGGCUGAAGGCGUGUCCGCUGCCGCAGAGUCUCCGCCCUCCGGAUCCGGACCGGCUGCUCCUGGAUCAGCCGCUCAGCCUCCACCGACUCCAACUGUUUGCUGCCUCCAGUCGCAGCUGCGUGCCGGCAGGAGUGGAGCGCUGGAUUUUGCUUCAGCUGGGCGCUGCUGGGCAUGACUCUCUCCGGCGGACAUCCACUCUGACCAGCAUUUUGUGUUUUUGGCGAACAGGAGCAUCCAUAACCACGUCGAGGUUUUGUGAGGUUCUGUGAGGAGAAGCGGGUCGCCACAGACAGGCUGAGGUUCGGCUGGAGGCCUGCUGCGUUUUUCUGCUGCCUUUGUAGCCCGCACACCUGGUCCACCGCGCAGCUCCCUGCUGCUCCUCCGGGAUCAGAGCGAAGCCGCGGUCCCUCCCACAAAGUGAGACUCGCCACAGCCCAUGAAAACGGGAGCUGGGGGAGAAAAGCAGGACAAGUCACAAACAGUUUCACCUGAACAAAGACGAGCAACAAAGGGAUCCGCAUGGGUCAGGGCGAGGCUUCAGCUCGGGGGACGACCAUGGAGGGCGACUGCCUCAGCUGCAUCAAGUACCUCAUGUUUGUCUUCAAUUUUCUCAUCUUUCUGGGCGGCUCGUUCCUCCUGGGAGUGGGCGUGUGGGUUCUGGUGGACCCCACUGGGUUCAGGGAAAUUGUCGCGGCCAACCCUUUGCUGUUCACCGGCGUCUACAUCAUCCUGGGGAUGGGAGGCAUGCUGUUCCUGCUGGGCUUCCUGGGCUGCUGCGGAGCCAUUCGGGAGAACAAGUGUCUGCUUCUCUUCUUCUUCAUGCUCAUCCUGCUCAUCUUCCUGGCAGAGCUGGCCGCUGCCAUCCUCGCCUUCAUAUUCCGGGAACACCUGACCAGAGAGUACUUCACCAAGGAGCUGAAGAGUCAUUAUCAGGGCUACAACAACAGCGACGUCUUCACCUCUACAUGGAACGCCAUCAUGAUUACAUUUGACUGCUGUGGAGUGAACAGCCCAGAGGACUUUAAGGACAGCCAGUUCAGGCUCAACAACCAGAAUCACAUGGUGCCAGAAGCCUGCUGCCAGCGCAUUCUUCAGAGUGAAGAGAGGGUCUACUCCGGCCAGGAGCAGUGCCUAUCAGGCAAUAUGAUGUUCCGCAACAACAAGGGCUGCUACUCUGCCGUGGUCGACUACUUCGAGCUGUACAUCUACGUCGCUGGAGCGCUGGCUAUUGUGGUGUUAACCAUCGAGCUCUUCGCCAUGGUCUUUGCCAUGUGUCUCUUCCGGGGAAUCCAGUAGAAAAGUGCUUCAUUUGCAAAUUGCUUUUUUUCCUCGAACAAAAAGGGAAUUCAGGAGAAAACAACAAAACGGACAUUUGUACAUUUGUGGAUCUCCUUUUUUUUUCUUUUUUAAUUGUCUAAUUGGUUUAAAAAACAAGAAGAAGAGGAAAAAAGGCAAACUCUUGUACUUCACAGCUGGACUUUUGAGGUACUGGGUGAUUUAAAAAAAAAAAAAAAAAAGAAAGAAAACCAGACACAGAAACCGCUGAGAAAGUUUAAAAAUCAAAGAUAAAAAAAUAACAAUUUGUGCAUAAAGUGGAAGCAGUAAUUAGUGAACCAGGUCUAGCACAGACUGGGUGUUAAGCCUGCGCAGAAGGCACUGCACUGACUUUUGGAUGAAGAAUAUUUAUAUAGAGUUAUGUUGGCUCAACUGUAAAAAUCGUGUUUCAUGCACACGCUGAAUGGCAACCUGUUUUCUUACUGUAAGCAGCCUCCUCCCUCCACAUGCCCUUUUUUACUGCCACCUCUCAAAUACGUCACGCUCUCCAGAACUCCGCCAUGACGGGCGUCAAAGCGACCAGCGCGCUGCGUUAAAGCCAGUCUAAACACAGACGUCUGGAAUCAGCUUUUAUUCAGCUGAUUUCAGUUUAAAAAUGGCCGCAGCGCGGACGGCUGCACAAACAGAGAAGGAGAGAAACAAAACUUGCCGUUUUAUUUUGCAACUGUUAAUGAGGAAAGAUACGGCAGCAGCUGUCAGUAAUGACGACUGGCAGCCCUGGUCGGAUAAGAACGUUAAUGUACUUUGAAUAAAUGGGAUUAGAAAGACACCUGGAGAAGGUACAGGCUAACCAUUGCUAUCCAUGGAAACAUGUUUAUGGUGUGAAUUCAGGAGAAGUUGGUAAUUAGAUCAACAAGUUAGAAAGGAGGAGGUAUGGGUCGGUUUCCAACUUUUAUAAAUGCCGCCAUAUAUGGCGGCCGUAGCGCCGUAACACACCAAACAGGUGUGUUAAAUUAGCUCGAUGCUAACAAGUAGAAGCCAUCAAUAAACUGGGAAAAACAACUUCAGUCGCUCUGUUAGAGACUCCCGUCCCUCACUUCCGACGUCCGUCAUGGCGCCUUGAAGUGACGCAGUUGCAAAGGGUCAUAUUGACUGUGUGUGUGUGUGUGUGUGUAUGUGUGUGUGCGUGCGUGCGUGUGUGCGUGUGUGUGUGUGCGCGCGCGCUGGAUGUUUGUGAGCAUGUGAUUUUCUCCAUAACCUCUCCCAAGCCAACAACUGUUUUUUUUCUGUUUGUAUGGUGACUGUUAUUUGCAUUAGAAAUGUGCUUUUAGGUGGUGACAUGUAUGUGUAUGAAUUUGUAUUAGAUUGUUGAAAAGUCUGUGACAUAAAUGGCAUUUUAAAUGA